GCGCACAUUGGGCUCCGUUGGGCCAGAUAACUCAAAGGCCCACAUAGCGUGUGGGCCACGGUGCAGGUAGUCAAUGAGCGUGGUCAAACGUGACACCUGGCGAAGGAUGGGGCAUUUCAGGAGUUGGCACGUAGACAAAGAAGCAGGCCACGUUCUCUCCAUGCAAGGAUCCUACUAGUCCGUCUCCGUUCCUUUUUCCCCCCUUUUAUAUGGUCACUGAAUUCAUUGCCUUUGCCUUUGCCUUGCCAAGUUCCCAACAAUCCAUCAUACUUUGACAAAACUUCUGUGUAUCGUUACUCUGUACUUGAACAAAGCUAUCGAACGAGGCAGAGCUAGAACCAGUUACAUCGACGAAUCAUGCCGGGCCUCACAAUCGGAGAUACAAUCCCAAACCUUCAGGUGGAAAGCACUCAUGGCGUCAUCAAACUCCACGACUUCCUCUCCAGUUCCUGGACCAUCCUCUUCUCUCACCCAGGUGAUUUCACACCGGUGUGCACAACGGAGCUGGGGAAGAUGGCGGCGUAUGCGCCGGAGUUCGAGAAGCGAGGGGUGAAGCUCUUGGGGUUAUCAUGUGACGACGUGGUGUCCCACGUCGAGUGGAUCAAGGACGUUGAAGCCUUCACCCCAGGGAGCAAGGUGACAUACCCGAUCAUCUCGGACCCGAACAGAGAGGUGAUAAAGCAGCUGAACAUGGUGGAACCCGACGAGAAAGAUCACUCGGGGAACACGGUCCCUUCCCGCGCCCUCCAUAUCGUCGGGCCCGAUCUGAAGAUAAAGCUGAGCUUCCUGUAUCCCGCGAGCACGGGGCGGAACAUGGACGAGGUGAUGAGGGUGGUGGAGUCGCUGCAGAGAGCUGCAAAGCACAAGGUGGCGACUCCGGCGAACUGGAAGCCAGGGGAUCCCGUGGUGAUUUCGCCCAGCGUGUCGAAUGAAGAGGCCAAGAAGAUGUUCCCUCAGGGUUACGAGGCGCCCGACCUGCCGUCUGGAAAGGAUUACCUCCGUUUCACCCACGUCGACUAAUUAGUACUAUUGCCAGAUCGCUGUGUAAUAUGUACUUAGCUACCCGUUAUAAUAAUUAAUAAUACUAAUCCGUAUUAUGGGUCUUUCACUAAUAGAUGUUGGGAGAGUUAUGUGGCGUGUGUGGAUGUUGACUAUUAGAUGUUGGGAGAGUUCAAUGUAGGGGUGGAUUCGGUUCGGUUGUAACCGAUAACCGAUUGGUCGGUUAUCGGUUAACCGAAACACCAUCUCCUCCUACCGAACACCGACCGACGUCAAUCCUCGAUUAACCAAUAAUCGAUCGGUUGGUUAUCGGUGAGUUGGUCUGUUUACCGAGAUAACCGAAAAAAUGAUGGUGGUUCGGUUUUAACCGGGUAAAAUUAUUAAAAUUGUCUAAAAUGAAAGGUUCUAACUUAC